CGCGUGUGGGACAUGACGAUGCUCGCGGAUCCGAUGAGGACUGUGGAGGACAAUUCUUCGCCGUUUAUACAAGGGGAUGAUCCCGAGAACGGGCAUCACCGUCAGCAAGAAAGAGUUACUAGGAUUACUGCUUGUGUUCAUAGUAUACGUUCUCCUUGGCGGUCUCGUUUUCAUGCUUCUUGAGAGUCCCCUGGAAGAAAAACUCAGAAGGGAAAUCGAUGAUCUUAGAAAUGAAUUCCAAGAGAAACUCGGUAUGCUUGGGGAUCCAAACGUAACUCGACAGGACAUGGAGCGCCUUAUGUUGCGUCUUGCUGCUGCUCAUAGCCAAUCCCUCAUUGACGAAUCAGGGAAUGACACACAUACCAAUUGGAGUUUUGAAAAUUCAUUUUUCUUUGCGAUAACUGUGGUCACCACUAUUGGAUAUGGCCACCUUUCUCCGUCCACCACUCCAGGUCGACUCUUCUGCAUACUGUAUGCAACUAUUGGAAUUCCUUUAACGGGCAUCCUGCUAGCUGCCAUUGGAGGUCACUACAGCCAAAGUCUAGUCAAAGAUAUUCAAAGGGCUCGUAAGGACCGAAAUUCGAGGCUAGCGCUCACUUUGUCCGCAGCGAAAUGUUUACUUCCCUGGCUGUUCCUGUUCCUUGUAGUUCCAGCUGGAUUCUUCAUGUGGCUCGAAGAAUGGUCCUUUGUAGAAAGUUUUUAUUAUUGUUUCAUUACAUUGUCAACGAUAGGAUUCGGUGAUUAUGUAGCUAGUAAUUUCGAAGGUCCAUAUGUCGGUGUGUACAAAACAUUUGUUGUGUUGUGGAUCAUCUUCGGCUUGGGGUAUCUUGCAAUGAUUCUCAAUUACAUAUCACGCAUGAUGCGCUGCAAGCAAAUCCGUCGCGUGGAGAGGAAGCUGUCUACCAGCAUCCACCAUACGCAGCAGCGUGUGGGGCAGAGACUGGAUGAGGUUUACCAAAUUCUUCAUGAUGUGUCUCGAAGUCGGACAAUAAAACCUCGAAACAGAGCACCUCUUAAAAGAAUGCAAUCAUUUCCUGCUCCAGAACUCAGAGACCGCAAUCAUAAUCAUAAAAUCCAAAGACUCCUUAAACUCGUACAAACAUUGAAAGAAGAUGAGCCUGCUCCAAGGCCUAGGCGACUUAGUUUACCUUUACCCAUCUCACCAAACUUACAGCCAGCAAACUACGGUAGAGGUUCACUGCAAGUGUUUACCACAUCCAGCGAAUCUCACCAAAAGCCUGCUCAAAAUGUUGUUAAAAAUGGCUACGGGUUGAAGCCUCCACCUGCUCUACAGACUGUUGUAGCUGCUGCUGAUUUAGAAAUUAACUUAGCAGUGAACGAUACCUCGAUUCCAGUUCCUCGACAGCAGCAUAAGUGCGCAGCGAAACCGCCAACAGUGGCUUUUAUUGAUGUGAUUUCUGCUGAACCUCACAUAGAAGCUUCUACUGAUCGAAGGACAGUCAUUGAUUUGGAAGGUCUUCAGUGCACAAGAGUUUGAAAAUUUAACUAUGCUCAUUUGCGUCAAACUUUGCUCAGUUGGUGUGACAGUAGAGACAUACUCUACAAGCACUCCACGAACAGGAAUCGCGAGCAUCAAGUUUGAGAACGAUACAUUCUCAAAACAUUGUUACCUCACCUCUCUGAAUACAUUCAUGAGAGAAAACUAUUCGAAGCUAAUUUAAAUGGCUUUACUCUAUUCGUACAGAUUUUUUUCGUGUUAAAUUUUUUUUUUUUCUGUGUUAUGUUGUUAAAAUGAC